UAUUGCCAAGAAAGGAAUUGAGAAAUUGAGAGCAGUUUCCGAUACAUUUUGCUGACAGUGGGACCGAAAGGAUCGCGUUUGAUGAGAUAGAUGCUAAUGCCAUGCAUGAGAAAAGAAUAAUAAAGAUUCUAGGAUCUCAACAAUCUCCACCAGGAUCUAUAAAUUGGCCUCGUUUGGUUCGCCAUAACGAUUAUUUUAAUCGAAUACCAAUCAAUUUUGGUGGGACACCAAUCAGGAAUUCAACACCGAGGCGUUAAGGUCGGAAUACUUUUCUCAUGAGAGAGAGAGAGCGAGAGUCUUUUUGCAGAUAUUCUGUUGGUAUUUGAAUGGUGACGAAGCUUUGCGUGCGAAAUGUAGCGGUUUGCACGUUAUGGUUGGGGGUUUUGAGUGCUGUAUGUAUCGGAUUGCACGGUUUUUUUUGGUUUCCAGAUAUGUAUAGUUAGAGGGAGCAGAAACCCUCUUGGUGGGGGCCGACCGGAAGAAGGCCUUUCCGGUUGUGGGUAGUUCGGUUUCUCUGAGCAAACCAAAGGCACGUGCACGUAGUUUAAUAUCUCCACCAACGAGUUUCUAUCAAUCUGAUAUUCGACAUGAAAGCUUGACGAUGGCAGGCAUUAUGAGGAGGUUGAGUCCGCCACACAGGAAAUCAAAUGAAUCAUUCAGGCUGAUUCUGACUACACUUGUUGGUAUUGUUGUUGGUUACUUCGUUGGGGCUUCUCUACCAAGCACUUCUUUGCUUAAGGUUGAUUUGUUGAAUAUUAGGCAGAACGCAGAGCAUAAUCGGUACCUCGAGAGACUCAAUUCUUUGUUGCACAGGAAAUUGAAUUUGCGUCAGACACCAUCUGCCAACGUCUCCAACGCCACCCCUUCGGUAAACUUAGCAAACAAUUCCAGGAUUUAUGUGCCCACAAAUCCACGUGGAGCUGAGUUGCUGCCUCCAGGCAUCAUUAAUGCUAGCUCAGAUCUUUACCUCCGCAGACUAUGGGGCAAUCCUAGUGAGGACUUGGUUUUGAAGCCAAAAUACCUGUUGGUACUGACUGUUGGUUAUCGUCAAAAGGAUGUCAUUGAUGCUGUAGUGUCAAAGUUUUCAGAAAACUUCUCCUUUCUUUUGUUCCAUUAUGAUGGAAAAACCAGUGAAUGGGACCAGUUUGAAUGGUCAAAGAGGGCCAUUCAUGUUAGUGCAAGAAAACAAGCGAAGUGGUGGUUUGCCAAACGUUUCCUUCACCCAGAUAUACUUGCUGCAUAUGAUUACAUAUUCAUUUGGGAUGAAGAUUUGGGAGUGGAACAUUUUAAUGCAGAGGAGUAUCUGAAGCUUGUGAGAAAAUAUGGUCUGGAAAUAUCACAGCCAGCAUUGGAGGAAAACAAUGCCUUAACAUGGUUGUUGACCAGGAGGAGAACUGAUGUUGAAAUCCACAAAGAAACACAAGAAAGACCAGGCUGGUGCCGAGAUCCACAUCUGCCACCUUGUGCUGGAUUUGUUGAGAUAAUGGCCCCUGUUUUUUCAAUGAAUGCAUGGCGCUGUGUUUGGCACAUGAUUCAGAAUGACUUGGUUCAUGGGUGGGGUUUGGAUCUUGCCCUGCAGAGAUGUGUUGAGCCAGCACAUGAAAAGAUUGGUGUUGUUGAUGCCCAGUGGAUCAUUCACAUGGUACUCCCUUCACUUGGUGAUCAGGGUGAAGGCAAAGAUGGAAGGCAACCUUGGGAAGGGGUGCGAGCUAGGUGCAAAGAAGAGUGGACAGAAUUUCGGAUUCGUAUGGAGGAGGCUGAAAAGGAAUUUCAUAGCAGCUCUGUUCAGUAGCACCAGUCGAUGCAGUUCUUCUAUCUUCUACUCUUCGCACAGCCCUAGCUUUCUUGGGAUAUCUAGAAGUUUCCCCUUCAAUUCCUUGAUUCUUCUAUUUAUUAUAUGUAUAUUCUUAGAAGUUUCUAGUCCCUUUUUGCUUGGCUAUCUCCCUGUCCUCUUGCACGUUGUGGACCUUGGUCAACUAGCUUUCUGCAGCAUAAUUUCUGGUUUUGUUGAUUGACUAAUUUUAUUGGUUGGUAUUCAACAUAGCUGGAGAGGUUCGUGGUAAGGAAGUGAAGCUCUUGCACAACCAUUAUUGGCCUUUUUUUACAGUUGGCAAGGGCGGCAAUCAUGAAGUCAAACUAGACCUUAGCAUAGUUUCUGCUUAUAUAUUGUUCUUUUUCUGAUUCUGUGGGCACGAAAGUGAUCACCAUCAGUGAAAGAGGAAAGCAACAUGCAGAAGCUGAUCCCGGAUUAUUAUUUUAGAAGAGAAGCAUCCUUCAUAACUUUCCAUUUGAUGGUUAUUUUCUCACAAACCGUGAGUGAUGUACAUAGUUGUUUCCUCCUCAUUAAUACAUACUGUACUUUUUGUUGCA